CCUAUAUUUUGGUGCCCCACUACUGAGAUUGACCCUUCCACUUCAAGUUCUCUGUAACUUUUAUCUCUCACUGUAGAAAAUAAGCGACUCUUUUUUUUUUUCUUUUUUUUGGCUGAAAUCGCAACAGUAAACGUUAGAUGUUUCGUUUGCCGAUUUAAAAUCGCGAGAUCACUUGCGCGAUUGAGUUUAGGGCACACAUACCUAUGCUUUCGGUUAUCAUCUGUCCAUUCAGAACAAUGAUGUGAACACACUGAAUCGGCCUUUUAACGGAUUAAAACUCUGCCAGUGGUAUGGCAUUCACGUCUACGGAGGAAACUCAGAGGUCUACGGAGCAAAGUUGAAAAGGGUCAUUUGACUGAAGUGUGGAUCCUCCCUGUCAUGCUCACACACAGCCAUGGUAACUAAAGUAUCCCAGCGACUUUCUGAGUGAACGCAUCGUGCAAUGGGGACUCAGAGAAACGGCUUCAGCAAACGAGAGACUUUCAUUCUCUCUGUUGAUGUGGGAACAACCUCCAUCAGGUGCCAUGUGUACGAUAAGAGCGCCAGUAUCAGGGGGUCCUGCUCCGCGAAGGUGUCCUUACUUUAUCCUCAGCCUGGAUGGGUCGAGAUUGAACCUGAUGAUCUGUGGAAGGGCUUUGUGACUGUAGUCAAAGGAGCAGUUCAAGACGCUGGCUUACAGAUGUGCCAGAUGGAAAGUCUCGGGAUCUCAACCCAGAGGGCAACGUUCAUGACAUGGGACAGAAACACGGGGAAACCGUUUCAUAAUUUCAUCACCUGGCAGGACUUGAGGGCGGCCGAGUUGGUGAGAUCGUGGAACAGGUCCUGCACUAUGAAGACCGUACACGGCGUGAUGAAGACGCUGCACUUCCUCACCAGACAGAAGCGGUUCCUUGCCGCCAGCCUGGUAGUUUUUUCCACCCAGCAUGUGUCUCUGCGUCUUGUCUGGGCCUUGAACAAUAUCCCUCAGUUGCGGCAGGCGGUCGAAAACGGCUCCUGUUAUUUUGGGACCAUAGACACCUGGCUGCUGUACAAACUGACUAAAGGCCUGGUUCAUGCAACUGAUUACUCUAAUGCCAGUGCAACAGCAAUAUUUGAUUCCUAUCAGAUGUGCUGGAGUGGAUUUAUUUGCUCACUUCUCUCUAUACCUCUAUCCAUCCUCCCCAGGGUACAGAACACCAGUCAUAAAUUUGGCACAUGUGAUCCAUCCAUAUUCGGGGUGCCCAUCCCAAUCAUGUCUGUUAUGGCGGACCAACAAGCAGCCAUGUUUGGAGAAUGCUGUUUUGACAUUGGUGAUGUGAAAAUUACUAUGGGCACAGGGACUUUCAUGGACAUCAAUACAGGAAACAAACCACACACGUCUGUAGCCGGCCUUUAUCCUCUGGUGGGCUGGAAGAUCGGUGCUGAUGUUGUGUAUCUGGCUGAAGGUAAUGCCGCUGGAACAGGUGCUGCCAUUAAAUGGGCCCAGGAUCUUGAGCUCUUUUCUGAUGUGAUGGAGACUGAGGCCAUAGCCACUAGUGUGGAAGACUCAGACGGCGUGUAUUUUGUGCCUUCUUUCAGCGGCUUGCAGGCCCCUCUGAAUGAUCCUAAAGCUUGUGCCUCCUUCAUGGGCUUAAAACCAUCCACAACCAAGAGACAUCUAGUCCGAGCUAUUCUGGAGUCUAUAGUGUUCAGGAACAAGCAGCUCUUUGAAGUCAUGCUCAGAGAAACCCGUAUUCCUAUCACUAAAAUCAGGGCAGAUGGAGGUGUUUGCACCAAUAAUUUCAUCAUGCAACUCACAGCUGAUCUGUUGGGACGUAAAAUAGAACGUCCAAGCCACUUUGACAUGUCCUGCCUUGGAGCUGCUUUUGUUGCAGGACUAGGAACAGGCUACUGGAGGAGCCAAGAAGAGCUGAAGAAGCUUUUGACCACUGACCAACAUUUCCUUCCCCGGAGGAGUAAAGCAGACUGGGACAAGGGCAGUCCGUACAGAAGUGUACUGCAGGGCUGGGAGAGGGCUCUUCAGCGCUCUAUGCACUGGUACAGCCAGCCCUGAUUUCCCAGAAUACAAGCUGAUUCUGUAAACUCCUUGUUCAUGCGAACAGGUUUAGGGCGGUUCUCUCUCACACCGAGAAAACACUUGAAAUGUAUGAUUUCCAAUCUGGAUUUGGAAACUCGCUUAUCAACUUAGUUACAGUUUUGCCAAAUCACGAGGGAUUUUACAGAUUUACAUGUUGUUGGUGUAAAUCCAAGUCACCUAGCUGUGAAUCCAGUGGAAUUAUGAUGAUGAGGUGACAGGCUGCAGCACAAUUCUUAAUUCAGAAUAAGACCGAUGUAUUGUUAUGAUUUUGCCAAUCAAUACUUUAUUCAUUAGACACUAAAAACCAAUAAGUGCCACUAUCCAACUACUGUUUUUUAUAUAUAUAUAUAUAUAUAUAUAUAUAUAUAUAUAUAUAUAUAUAUAUAUAUAUAUAUAUAUAUAUAUAUAUAUAUAUAUAUAUAUAUAUAUAUAUAUAUAUAUGAAAAAAUUAAUUUAACUUGCUACGUGCCUUAAUGAGGUGCUUUUGUACAAGAGGUCAUCAGUGAGGUACCUCAGUUACUCAUCUCCCAAAAGAUGAUAUCUCACCCGAAAAGAGUAUUGUAAUUAUGUGUAAUUUGUGUUGUUUACAUAGAUGGGAGUUAAGAAAAAAUUACUGCUCUUUUUAUUUUUUUCAUCAUACACUGUUAACACACACUGCAUUCAUUGCAUGUAUGGUAAUUUAUACAAGCAUUUAUUAAUGCUGUUGAAAUUUUCAUGUAAUUUUAGUUGAUAUUUUUGUAUUGCAUAUAUAUAAAGACUUGGCAUUGUUUUUUUUUUGUUUUUUUUAAAUCCACUGUAUUUCAUAAUACAUAGAGAAUGCUGCACACAUGGGAAACUUGAUACCCUAAAGUACUAUAUUUUCUAAAGGAUUUUUUAUUAUUAUUAUUAUUUUUUUUGCUUUAUGAAUCCAACAUGCUACUUGUUUGUAUGCUAAACAUUAGCAGGGUCACAGUUUGCCACAUCAUACUAUCAACAGUGGCUAAUAAUAGCAUACAUUCAACUGUAGUAAAAAAUGAGUAACUGUGAAACGGUAUAAUAUCCUAGGCUUUUAUCAGGAUCUUAAUGAGUGAAUGGAGAGAAUAUUUGUAAAGAUAAAUGUAUUAAUAGGUUGUCCAAGAACUCUUAACAUUGUGCCAUGUUUCAUUGUCAGUAUGUAAAAUUAGUUGAUUUUGAUAAAUAUUCAGGUUCAAAUUGUAUGGAUUGUCAUGCAAAUAAAGCAAUGGUUUUCAUUGUGGGGUCAAUGACCUGAUAAACAUUGUAAAAUGCAUGGGUCUAAAAAUUUAAAGCAAUGUUUUAAUGAAAGUGAUGGGACUCCCUAUGUCUUAUAACUGAGUCUGCCGAACAAUGUUAUAAAAUAAUAAAGCCUUUCAAUAAAAAGCUGAA